AAAUUAACAUUUUUAUUUCAGAGUCAUUAUCAUUCAAUCUUAAUACAAUUUCAUUUAUGUAAAAUUCCAGAAUCAAUCACAUUAUUCGCUGGAUACUAAACAAAGAACAUGUUGCUCUACGUACUCAGUAUAUUCAGUGCAAUAUUUGCAUUGUGCUCAGCUGGAGAAUCUGAAUUUUCUCUAAGAGUUACAUGCAAGCGGAAUUCAGAUGACUAUUCAGCUUGUUUAAAACAAACUAUGGAGGAGAUAUGGUCACGAGUUGUAACAGGACUUCCAGAAUUUGACAUUCCAUCUGUGGAUCCGUUAUCUAUCAAAAACUACAAAUUUGUAAUGAAUUCAGGCAACGUACAUGGAGAAUUAAUUUUGUUAAAUAGCACUAUAACUGGUUUAUCAAAACUUCGUAUUUUAAAUAUAAGAACGUAUUUUCUUGAUGACAUUUUCUAUUUGGAAUCUGACAUAAACAUACCAAGGAUAUCUUCAAAAGGUUCUGUAAACAUUAAUGGUAACUUAAAUGCACUCAGAAUUGCUAAUGAAGGAUAUUAUAAUUUAAUCUUGGAAGAUGUCAGCGGAACUACGAAUUUUACAGGACAUGUAAUAAACGAUACAUGGAUUGUAGAACAUUUUUAUUUGGUUCCGUCAAUUGGAAAGUUUAAAUUGUAUUAUGAUGAUGUGAUCAAAGAAAAAAAAGCAAUCACUGAUGUUGUUGUAAAUUUUAUAAAUGAAAACUGGCUAACAAUUUAUCCAAUGGUAAUAUCAUCCAUGUUCGAUAGAUUGGAAUUGUUUUUCAUUGACUCUGCAAAUAAGUUCUUCUCAAAAGUGCCCUUCUCAAAAAUAUUUCCAUAAAAAUUUAUAUGUUUAUUGUAUAAGUCAGUAGAGUAGAAAUAUCGUAUAAAAUAAAAAAUGUUUAGAAUUUUAAA